AUGGCGCCUCUGCUUCCUAACAACAAUCACGAAACUGCUCAAGAAGCUGACCUCAAAACUGUCAAGGCUACCAACAUCAACAGCUUCGUCUUGUUUGCAAGGGAUCUGUCAAUCACUUGGGGAAGUGACGAACGUUAUUGGAAGUGGACUUAUGAAAAGGAGACAAGUGGUGCCUAUGUGGAGGUGGCUGAACUGUUAAAAGUAUGUUGGUUUGAGGUCAAGGGGAAAUUUGACACAAAGAAGCUGACUCCAGGGACUUUUUACAGGCUUGCAUUUUUGGUCAAGUUUAACGAAGAUGCUUCUGGAUGGGAAAAUUUAGUGAAUCUGAAACUGGAUCUCCCAAAUGGCACCCAAAUUCAACGCAAAGAGAACUUUAAGAAUAAGCCUAAAAACAAGUGGAUCGAGAUCCUAGUGGCUGAGUUUAGAGUUCAAGAAAAUGAAAAGCAAGGGGAGAUGGAAUUCUCCAUGACUGAAACCAGUGACUUCCAUUGGAAGAGUGGAAUUGUCCUCAACGGAGUCGUGAUUCAGCCAGCAUUGUAG